AGUAAAAGAUUUCCAGGGAUUGUUCUCUCAGGAGGAGUUUUGACUGGAUCCUUCUGCCAUUAAAGCUUGGGAAAAUAGGAGUUGGUGUUGUUUUUCCCUCUGGCGAAGAUUUUUUUCCUCGAAGUCUGCGUCUGUACCUCUCUGGACAGUGAUGUGUCUUCUUUGUUGUUUCUCUGUUGCCCUUGGUGUCCUGUGUUCCUGUACACAGUUCUUCAGCCAACUAGAGUGACCUUGCCCACAGUACGCGGAGACCUGAAGGUGUACGUUACGUUCAAAUAAAAGAAAGCCCGUCCUUAUUGGAGGUCUUGCUGCGUGCAUACACCUUACUUGCUAGCUUGGCUGACUAGCUUCAGUCUAGGCUUCGGGCUCAGGCUGUGGCAGCUCAGAUUUGCAGUGUCCAUCCCUGAGCUGCUGCUUCCCUUUGUCCUCGCUCCAGUUAAAGCUGUUCACGGCCUCGUCUCUCCAGUGUCAGAAUAAAAACAGUGGUCACGCUCUCCUGUCGCUCCUCCACCUCCGCUGUGAGCUUCCGCUCGGGCCAUCCGGUCAUCGUUUUCUAAACGCCUCUUCACGUUUCUUUGUCCUUGUGUCUCUAGAGAGCCUCUGCAUUUCCGCGGUUAGAAAUGCCUCCUUUGCCCUUCCCACAGUGCUCUGCCACCGCCUUUAGUCCUCCACGCCACUGUGGUCCUUGUAGAAGCAAUUUCUGCUUUCUCCAGUCACAUGAACUCCUUCAGGCAAAGUCGAAAAGGUGUCUUCACUGGAAGCUCGGGGCUGCAGAUUGCAUAUCUCAGUGGGACAGAGUCCUUAGAUGAACCAGUCCCAAGUUACAGUUUUAGUCCCAAGGAUGUGUCUUCUCUGAGAACAAUGCUGUGUUCGGCAUCCCAGUUUAAGGGUGUUGAUAUAUUACUCACGUCCCCAUGGCCCAAGUAUGUGGGGAGCUUUGGGAAUUCUUCUGGAGAAGUGGAUACCAAAAAAUGUGGCUCAGCUUUGGUCUCCAGUCUUGCUGCAAGCUUGAAACCAAGGUAUCAUUUUGCUGCUUUGGAAAAGUCAUAUUACGAGAGACUUCCGUACCGAAACCAUGUUGUUCUACAAGAAAGCGCACAGCAUGCCACCCGCUUCAUAGCGCUGGCGAAUGUUGGGAAUCCUGAAAAGAAAAAGUAUCUUUAUGCAUUCAGUAUUGUUCCCAUGAAGCUGAUGGCUGCAGCAGACCUGGUGAAACAGCCUCCAGAUGUCACUGAGAAUCCUUACCGAGAAUCUGGAAAGGAAGGAGCCUCAGGAAAACAAAUACCUGCUCCUCAGGAAGAACCUGCCUGUCAGUUCUUCUUUGAUUUGAAUGAAAAGCAGGGAAGGAAGCGGUCAUCCACAGGCAGAGAUAACAAGCCUCCUCAGGCCAAGCAGCCUCGAAGACCUCCUCAGCCUCCAGGACCUUGUUGGUUUUGCCUUGCCAGCCCUGAAGUGGAAAAGCAUUUGGUGGUCAACAUUGGCACACAUUGCUACCUCGCCCUGGCUAAAGGUGGCUUGUCUGAUGACCAUGUCCUCAUCCUGCCCAUUGGACACUACCAGUCAGUUGUGGAGCUCUCGGCAGAGGUGGUGGAAGAAGUGGAGAAGUACAAGGCUACUCUGAAACGCUUCUUUAAGAGUCGAGGGAAGCGCUGUGUUCUAUUUGAAAGAAAUUAUAGGAGCCAUCACCUCCAGCUUCAGGUCAUUCCUGUGCCCCUCAGCUGCUGUGUUACAGAUGACAUUAAAGAUGCCUUCAUUACCCAAGCCCAGGAGCAGCAGAUAGAGCUGUUGGAAAUUCCAGAGCACUCAGACAUCAAGCAGAUUGCACAGCCAGGAGCAGCGUAUUUUUAUGUUGAACUCGACACAGGAGAAAAGCUUUUCCACAGAAUUAAAAAGAAUUUUCCUUUGCAGUUUGGCAGGGAGGUGCUGGCCAGUGAAGCCAUCCUCAAUAUUCCUGACAAGGCUGACUGGAGGCAGUGCCAAGUCAGUAAGGAAGAGGAGGAGACCCUGGCUCGCCGCUUCCGGAAAGACUUUGAACCUUUUGACUUCACCCUGGACGACUAGGCAAAGGGAAGGCACUGUAUGGACGUCACAGGAAAUUGUUACAGCCUGUUGUUAAAAUGAAACUGCAGUCUCCCAUGGGGGCUGCCUCUUUUCCAGAUACUCCCAUGGAACCUGCUUGCAGCAAGAGGCCUCAGAAAAGUCAUUCUGAGAUGCAACUCUAUGUUAAAAGAAUGUCUGCUACAUAUUUCUAAGAACAGCUGUGUUUGUUCAUAUCUUCACAAAUCUUUAAACCUUUGAGCUUGGGUGUAGUUGCUCAUGCCUGUAAUCUCAGAAAUUGAGGAGUUGUGGCAGGAAGAUUGCUG